GCUACUCAAAUCCACGCUUUUGCAUGAAUCGCCCCCCGUGUGAGCUGCGACGAUGCCGCUCCCUGGGCGAGAGGAUAUUCGCACCGAGCGCACGAGAGCUCUCCCGGCAGAGGGAAGAUCCGUUUGGAAUCGGCAUCCUCCGCUCUCAAGUUCCACUGGCCCCUUGGCGUCUCUCGCAGACCCGCACCAGGAUUCCAACACAUUCCCAUCGUCCUCUCGGGCACGCACGAAUGCCUAUUUAUUCCCUUGCCGUUGCCGGCCGGCGCCCCAGCCACCUUCCGUCCACCAGAGAAGAGGAAGGAGAUCCGCACCGCUGUGCCCCGGAAACUGAUUCCUGCAAUUUAUACGUAGCCAGUCGUCUUAUCUAGCUAAGCCUUGAGUGCUACGAGCACGACUCAGGAGUAUAAAUCUGUUCUGGUAGCUGCAAGUUUGCAAAGAACAAUCAGGAGAAAUGGGAGUCCAGAGUGCCAGAAAACCUCCGGGCAUCUUGGACGACCUCUACGGAGUACAGCUUGGACAUAGAACGCCACAGAUACAGCGCAACGAUGAAGGUGUCAGGACCAGCUUUGGUGAUUCCUCAACUUGUGAAGAACCAAAUGGCCGUAGAACAGCCACAAAACAACAACAAAGGUUGCUGAUACGACGACUGUGGCAGCAAAGGCCCUCAUGCUUGAAGCCCAUCCACUGCAGUAUUACAUACACGUUUAUUUCAGCAGGCGACAAGCAUGGCGGCGAAACUAUUGCAAAUGUCGUGACCUCUCUACCCUUCAUUGUUCUUGGGCUGCAGACUCCAAGGAAGAACUUGAAAACUGCCAUCUAUGCCAACUCACUGGUUGGGGUAGGAAUAGCUUCAGGCCUGUAUCAUUCUUCCAAAGGAGAAGUAAGAAAAUUCCUGCGAUGGGCAGACUAUACCAUGAUUGCCACCACUACAUUGUGUUUAUCCAGGGCAGUUAGGAAUGAGAACCCAGGACUACUAAUGGCGGCAUCAACAUUGCUCCUGCCAUUUCAGCCUUUGAUGGUUUCAGCUCUCCACACUGGAAUGAUGGAGGUUUCUUUUGCAAAGAGAGCAUCAGUUGAACCAGAGCUCAGAAUGGUACAUAACCUGCACAAGAUGUCAUCUGUAUUGGGAGGCGCACUCUUCAUUGCUGACGACUACUUCCCUGAGACACCAUAUAUCCAUGCUGCAUGGCACCUUGCUGCUGCGAUUGGCAUUGGCACAUGCAAUAAGCUUCUUAGGUGACAUUGGGAGCGACCGUGCUGGUACCAACAAAUAGUUGAUUUCAAUUUACACUGAAGAAGGAAUUAAUUCAGCCAAUAUCAACCUGCUGACAUAAAGAACAGUAUAUAUGAGAACAAUGGAGCAUUUUCAAAAUAAUACCAGAAAACUUUUUUUGUAUCUCAAAGAAUAUUUAGCAAGGACAAUGAGAUGAACUAGGUUAGGUUGUGAAUGUAAUGCUAUGAUUUUGCACUGGUGUUUCAUGAUUAUCAAAAAACUCAACCAGAAGGCACUAGCACCUGUGGCAUUUUUAUUUA